AUGGCGAAUUAUCGAAAAUUAAAAGUACAUGAAGUUGGAACAGAUACUUAUAUUGAUUAUGAAGCGAAUUAUCAACGAGUACCAUGCGCAUGUGCUUUUCAUCCAAAUCAUGAUUUAUGUGCAAUCAGUUAUGAUAAUGGUAAUAUUCGUCUUUACUCGACCUUUAAUGAUAUUCUUAAAUUAGUUAAAGAAUUUCAAUGUCAUUCACAAUGUAUAUUUGCUAUUGCUUGGAUAAGUGAUCGAUUAUUAUGUGCAACAUCAGGCGAUCAAACAACAGUAAUUUAUGAUAUUGAAACAGGUGAUGAAAUUGAUCUAUUACGUGGCCAUACAAUGAGUGUAAGAAGUGUAUGUAAAUUAUACUAUAGUACAAAUGUUCUAGCAACAGGUGGUCGAGAUUCUAUUAUUAAUAUUUAUGAUCGACGUUAUUCAAAAAAGCAAGGAGCUUUACAUCCAAUAAGUUCAAUUGCUUGUGCUCAUAUAAGUUCAACAGCAUUACAAAAAUCAGCACGAAAAGAUACACGUAGUGUAACAGCUGUAGAAUUUCAAGAUGAACAUAAUUUAUAUUCAUGUGCUUGUGCUGAUAGUGCACUUAAAGUUUGGGAUCUUCGUUAUACAUAUUCACGUUUAAAUACAAAUCAUAUACCUAAACCAAAACGUAUGUUUUGUGUACCAAUUGAUGAUGUUAAAUCAAUAAAUCGUCUUGCUGGUUUUUCUGAUAUGAAAAUGGAUUCAAAUCGAAUGAUACUUUUUGCUAAUUGUACAAAUAGUAAAAUAUAUCAAUUUGAUCUUCAUGAAGAUACUUAUUUAUCUUCAUCAAAAAUUCAAUCUUAUACAGGUCAUCGUGUUGGAUCAUUUAAUAUUAAAAUAGCUCUUAGUCCACAUGAUCAACUUUUAUUAACUGGUUCGAGUGAUUUUUAUUCAUAUAUUUAUCGAGUAAGUUAUUAUUUUAAAUAUAACAAAAACUAUCAAAUUCGAAUUAAAAUAAUAUGCUUAUUUAUUCGAAUACAAUAUAUUACGAAGAGAUAUACAAAAAUAAACCUAUCUGAAAGAACAAAAAACUGCUUUAUCUUCAUGAAUUAAUUAUAGAAAAAUUCCUAAGAAAUAAAGAUGAAACAGAAAGACACUACGCGAAAUUUGAAUCAUUGGUUUUUUUGUGGAACUUGAAAUGAUCUCUUAUUUGUGAUAAGAUCGUUUCUAACGUUCUUACAUCUCAUUUGAAUAUAUAGUACUAGUCAAAAAUAUAAGAUGAAUAUAUUUUAAAUUUUUCUCUACAAUAUCAAGUAUUGAAUAUCUAGUAAAAUUCUUUAUCAAAUAUAUUCCAUAUUGAAAUUUCAUAGAUAGACUAUGAGCGGAAGGCUCCUAAAAAACCGAACAUGAUCGAUUUCAACAGUAUCAUCUUGAAGAGUAUAAAAUCAAUGAGGAGUUGCUGCAUUUUCUACAACCUUCCGUUAAAAAGCUAUACGUAUUACAAAGCGAAAUUUAAAAUGGUAUUGCCCAAAAAACACAUUUUUUUGUGAUGCUUAUAACUUUUUAGUGGAAUGUCAUAGGAAAUGCAGCAAUUUCUUAUUUUAUUCAGAGUUUAAUGCUUUUUAAAAAUGAUACUUUUAAAAACUAUCAUGUUCGAUAUUUUUGAAAGCCUUCCUAGUACUUUACGUAGUGUCGUCAAUCCAUAUACAAUUCAGUUAUAAAAACAAUAAAUGUGAAAACCUCGGAUUUAAAUCCGAGUGUUAUGUGUACUUCAAAAAGUAAAAAGCAAUUUUUGUUUAAGUAUCUUUGCAAUAGGUGACUUAGCCUUCUUGUUCCUUAAUGUUUUAUAUACCAUUUUGUAGCCCGUGAAAUUCUCUAUCGAAUGAUGUAUAAUAGCUGAGCUUUUGUUUUAUUAUGAGAGAAAACGCUUUUUUGCGAUAACUCAGCAAUUUCUUUGCGAACCAUUCUCAUCUUCGAACUCGA